GGUAAUGAAUACAAACCAAACCAAGCGGCUGCUGUUCGGCCGACUGCCGCUAAACAAGAAGCAAAUGAGGCAAAACAAACUGAAACUGCUCAGAAUGGAUCAUCUUCACAAGCAGAUUCGAUUGCUCAGCAAAUCCAACAACAAGGCGAUUUGGUACGAACGUUGAAAGCGAAAGAUCCGAAAUCGGUGAGAAUUUAG